CCACCGCCGGAAUGGGAACCACCGCGGGCACGGGGACCACCGCAGGCACGGGGACUGUUGUGGGCAAAGGAACCACCGCGGGCACAGGGACCACCACGGCACGGGGACUGUCGUGGGCAAGGGAACCACCGCGGGCAUGGGGACCACCACGGGCAAGGGAACCGCCGUGAGCAAGGGAACUGCCGUGGGCACAGGAACCACCACAGGCACAGGGACCGCUGUAGGCACGGGAACCACCGCGGGAACCACCACAGGCACGGAGACCACCACGGGAAUGGGGACCGCCGCGGGCACAGGGACUGCCAUGGGCACAGGAACCACCGCAGGCAAGGGGACCACCGUGGGAACCACCGCAGGCACGGGGACCGCCGUGGGCACGGGAACCACCGCGGGAACCACCACAGGCACGGGGACUGCCACGGGCAUGGGAACCACCACAGGAACCACCGCAGGCACGGGGACCACCGCGGGAACCACCGCAGGCACGGGGACCGCUGUGGGCACAGGAACCACCGCGGGAACCACCGCAGGCACGGGGACUGCCAAGGGCAUGGGAACCACCACAGGAACCACCGCAGGCACGGGGACCACCGCGUCACCAGCUCCAUGGGCACAGGAACCGCCGCAGGCGUGGGAAGCACCACGGGCGCGGGAACCGCUGCGGGCGCGGGACCCACUGCGCUGCCUGCACGGCAGCCUCCCUUACCUUCUUGAAGUGCACGGUCACCCUGUGCACCUGUGCACGGUGGGUCACCCUCAGGGCAUACAAGAUGCAGGAGAAAUUGGGCAUUUUUGUGUCAGUCCUGCACAGCCCGCUCAGCGUGGAGGGUGAUCUCAGACCUGCUUCUGUGAAGUGGCUCAAGGUCCUGGGAUUACUUGCAGUGCUACUUAAUGUGUUGAUUUUGCCUUGUCUGUAGCCAAAGGACUUUGAGUUAUGUCUUUCCCUGUUCCUUCUACAUUUCUAGAGGAAAUGAAGAAUCUUGCUCUGGGAUUUACCACUUACUGUAAUGUUCUAUGUUGCAACGGCUUUCCUUCCAGUCGAGAGGUGCAACUGAGCAGAACAACUCUAAAUAUACUCAGCAAGAAGUGCAAACUUAAUGUGGACACCUGCGGAAAAUGUGAACUGUUCAACCUGCACAGUACCUUUUUUUGUUUGUUUUUUAAGAACAUGGAUGCUAGCCACUUUUCUUGGUGACAUUACUAAAACAGUGGCUUUUUCCAAUCCCUGUUAGCAGAAACCCACGUCAAGAUAUAUAAAAAAUAAGAAGUCACUGUGGUAAAUCACACAGCAACUAGAUGGCAGCCUACAGCACAACCAGGUAGCUAAGGAGUAUCUAACACACAUUAUGAGACUCAUUGAUUCCCUAUGAUGCAACUCAUUUGAUGCUGAUGACUGGCUGAAGGAGAUGCCACUGACUAGCAGCAAACAGUGUGUGAAGACUGAGAGGUUGAUCCCUCUAGAAAUAGAACAGCAAAUCAAUUUUAUCAACUACCAUGGGACUGCUUUCUGAGUUAAUUAUGUUUCACAGUCUUUGAAAAGACAGUGAUGUAUUUAGAAUGCAGAGGGCAGUAUGGAGAUGCAAAGGAAAAAGAUGGAAACUGACAGAAAUGUGGAAGGUGACAGAAAGCUCCUAAAUGAAUCUGACAAGUCAACAGAAAUGGACAGUGCAUCAAAAACUCUCCAAAUGUCAGCAGAUGACUUUCCUUGCUCCUCUUGUAGUGCAGUCCUGGUCAGUUCUCACACCCUGAACAGUGGAGACAACACCUGCCAGCCAUGCCUAUGCUUAUGGUGGAUGAACUCUGAGGCAAAUCACGCUCUGGAAUGCAGACCAUCAGAACCUCGGCAGGAACUGGGAGAUCCUUCACAGGUUAGUCCUAGGCUCCACCAAGCUAUGGAAACUUUGUCUCACGAUAACACUGUAGGAAGAGGCAUGGCUAGGAAGAGAAGUGAUACAGCUCAUAAUGUCCUUCAUAAGCAUGGGAAUGGUCAGAAAGUUAGCCAGCAGUGGGGCUGGCUAUUCUUGGGGAUUUUGACCUCUCUAGUUACUGUAAGUAACAUUCCACAUAUUCAUAUAUGGAUUGAGAACAAACAGCCAGUGCAGGAUCCUCUUGUCCAUCUGAAGUCUCCUUGUCCUGCAGAGAGCACAAGCUACAGUCUAGACAACAGUAGCCAUAAAGAAACUUUUCUGAUGGAAUUAAAGAAUGUGCAACUGGAAAAGCAACAUUACAGUCUUUGGGAAUACAAGGCUGCAAAACCCAAGCCCACGCCGUUCUUGCUGCAUGCAUUAAGCACCUCCCCAAGACUUGGAAUAUUGUAUAUAUACUAUUUUGAUUACACAGAAACAUUUUUGCCUUUCAUCCAUACAGUAUGUCCUGUGCAAGAACACGGAGUGGACGCACACAAACUUUCAGAUCUUAAACCUCCUACUUGGAAGCAAUGGAGAAAACUUCUGUUUAAGCUCAUGUUGGCUUAUCAAUUAGUUGCUGAAUUUGCAUGGAACUGGCUAGGGAUUCAUUACUGGACAUCAUGGUUUCUUGUUAUCAAUGCCAUGCUACUUUCUCUUCUAGAACUACUGUCCAUUUGGAAUAUCUGGUCAAGAAAAGAAUUGCAAACUAUUCCACGCAGAGCAUGCAAGCACUUCUGGCACGUGUCCACUCAAGGAUUACUUGGUGCUAUUCUGUGGCAUCUUAUUCCUUUGUUUAUUUGGAAGUAUGCAUUUUAUUGGAAAUUGUACUGUAGUCCAAUCAUAAACUUUCACAAAAUAGUGAAAGAACUAAGGAAUUUGGAAUUGUAAGUAAUGCACUAAAUAUCUGAGAGGGCCAACUGUAAGGAAAAUACCUAAAUGUCUGUGAACUCUGAAGCUGGAAUAAGAAAACCCAUUCUCUUUUAAAGAGAAUAAAAAUGCACUGUGUUCUAAAAUCCAA